UAUACUGUACACGACAGCCACCCAACCCACUCCUUACAACCUCCGCGACAGCUUCUCCGCCGGCGAUCUCCUCUCUCUCUCUCUCAUUUUCUCGCCUUCUCCGUCUUUCUCUCUUCUCCUCCCUCUUCCCUCCUGCUCCACCAGAACCAAAGAGCCACUGCUGGCAGCCACUUUCUCUCUGGCUGCCUGAACGAACUGGAGCUGAGAUUUUAAAUGCUUUACCGAGCAUGCUUGCGUUGAAACACUCUCUUCCGGCCUUCACUCGAGGACUGGAAUUCAUCAAAUUUCCCCACAGGAGAAGCAGUGUAGUGGUAUGUGCUCAAAAGGGUCCAAGACCCAGAUACCCAAGAGUCUGGAAAGCCCAUAAACGGAUUGGAACCGUUUCCAAAUCCCUCAAACUUGUUGAAUCUAUUAAGGGAUUGUCAAAUGUGAAAGAGGAAGUUUAUGGAGCCCUUGAUUCUUUCAUUGCUUGGGAAUUAGAUUUCCCUUUAAUUACAGUGAAGAAGGCACUCAAGUCCCUUGAGAAUCAAAAGGAGUGGAAGAGGAUAAUUCAGGUGUCGAAGUGGAUGCUGAGCAAAGGGCAAGGAAGAACAAUGGGGACCUAUUUCACACUGUUAACUGCUUUGGCAGAGGAUGGGAGGAUUGAAGAAGCUGAAGAGUUGUGGACUAAGUUGUUCUCGCAGUACUUGGAAAGCAUGCCUCGCAUGUUCUUCGACAAAAUGAUUUCAAUUUACUACCAACACGGCUUGCACGAUAAGAUGUUUGAGAUAUUUGCUGACAUGGAGGAGCUUGGGGUCCAACCAAAUGUUUCGAUUGUUACAAAGGUUGGAAAUGUCUUUAAGGAGCUAGAUAUGCUAGACAAGUACAAUAAGUUGAAGAAGAAAUAUCCGCCUCCGAAAUGGGAGUAUCGGUACAUCAACGGAAAACGUGUUAAAGUCCGAGCAAACUAUCAGAACUGGUCUGAUGAUGCUGCAUAAAUGCUAAGUGAGGGAAGGAAACAGUUCGCGACUCGGAAGAAAUGUUGGAACCCGAAUCAAAUCCAAACGAACACAUUGUUGAAGACGAGGAAGUGAACCGGAACUCAGAUGAAUUACUGGAGGAAGGCGAAAAAAAGCUCCGAUGAACCGAGUGUUCAAUCUUGAAACUCUUUUUUACCAGUUAGAUGAAGCUAAAGCAAGUUUACGACGUUUUAAUCGUCCCUAACCUAAUUUCUCAUCAGUGUAGGAUUCGCGAUUUGAGUCCUUUGACCAUAACAAUAUAUACAUUGUCUUUUAAGUGGCUCAAAUCCGCCGGUUAAAUGACCUUAGCUUUAUUCAAAAUUGUAGUGAAGGAAGUUUUAUAAUUGUAUUAGGUGUACGUAAGUUUACAAGUUUUGUAAAUUCAUGUACUCUAGAAU